AUGAGUUUGACUACAUCCCCGGACAACUCGACCAACGUCGACCGAGAUGAGAAUAUCGCACAAAAUGCCUUGCCAAAGAAGAAAGUCUCCUUUGGCAAGAGAAUACUAGGUAUUCUGUGGGAUUCGCUGGACGAUAAACCACCGGAAGAGCACCGUCUUGUUCGAAGACUGGACUCUUUCUAUCUGAUAUGGGCAUGCUUUUAUUAUUUUGUCAUGUACCUGGAUUCCACAAAUAUCAGCAAUGCAUAUGUCAGUGGUAUGCAGACCGAUCUCAAGUUGUACGGCAAUCAGUUGAAUUGGAUGACAACAUUCUGGACAAUCGGAUACAUCAUCGGCACACUCCCAUCCCAAUUCAUCCAAAUGCGCAUUCGCCCUUCUCGAUGGCUGCCAACUCUGGAACUCAUCUGGGGCGGUUUGGUGAUGUGCAUGGCCGCCGCUCCAAACGCAAAGACAAUCUACGCCAUUAGAUUUCUAGUCGGAAUUUGUGAAGCCUCCGCCUAUCCAGGCAUGAUGACCCUGCUCGGCAAUUGGUAUACGCCUCAAGAAUUGGGUAAACGAUCUGUGAUUUUCCAACAGAGCUCGGCCGCUGCGCAGAUGUUCAGUGGAUUUUUGCAAGCCGGUAUCUACAAUGGAAUGAACGGCACGGCGGGACUGAAAGGAUGGAGAUGGCUGUUCAUUUUUGACGGCAUCAUUUCGAUACCUAUUGCGGUCUGUGGGUACUGGUUGAUUCCUGAUGCGCCGUCGAAUUCGAGAGCUUUCUAUCUGAAAGACGUCGACAAGAAAACCGCCGUAGCGCGCAUGGCUCGCGCUGGAAGAGCUGAGCCCAAGGGAAUUUCUUGGGGUAAAAUCAAGUCUGUCCUGAGUCAUUGGCCUGUCUACGUGUUCGUUGUUCCAUACGUGUCAUAUGUCCUCGCACUCCACAUUGCAUCAUACAUGAACCUCUGGCUGAAGUCUCUCGAGAUCUACUCAGUAGCCAAAAUCAACGUCAUCCCCUCCGGCGGCUAUGCAAUUGAAAUAGUCAUGGCGCUAGUAUACGCCAUCACUUCCGAUGCUCUCGGCGUUCGAUGGCCGGUCAUCAUGGCUGGUGCCACAAUUGGCUUGAUCGGAGGAACUCUCCUAGCCGUCUGGGACUUGCCCUUCGGUGCAAAAUACUUUGCCUGGUACUUGACCUUCGCACCUGUGGGAACGGGUGCAUUGCUCUUCGCCUGGGGCAACGAAGUUUGUGGAGAUAGUGCUGAAGAAAGAGCAAUCUUGCUCGGAUGGCUAAACACUAUGGGAUACACCUUCAAUGCCUGGGUACCGUUGUAUGCCUAUCCGGCAAACGAGGCCCCGUACUACAAGUCUGGAUACAAAGUCAAUGCUGCCUUAUGGGGUGUAUACUUGAUUGGUAUUCCUGUUAUUCUCUGGUUUUCUAAGAAGUUUCCGACAAGAAGGGCUCCUGUCGAAGAUGCAGAGCAAUCGAUUGAGUACGAUGAAAAAUGGAAGAACGGCGAGGCAACUCAGGUCAUACGGGAAAUUUGA